UCUUUACCUUCCACCACUUUCUUCCCCUCUUUUCUUCAUCAUUCUCACUUCCUUUCUCUUUCCAUAUUCUCUCCCGGAACCCUUCAUCCACACAUGGAUGGCCAUGAAAGUACCCCGCCGCCUCUCCUGCCGCCGCCGCCCUUACUAUCACCCCUUAACGUUCCUUUCCUCUUUCCAUCUUCCUCGUUGAACCCUCCUUUGGAAAGUCGUCAGAAUAUUCUCCCCGAUAUCGAUUGGAUCAGCCUCCUCUCUGGUCUAGGACAGGAGAACCAGGUAAUGAUUGGGAGUGGUUCUAGUACUAUGAUGUCUGAAAAUGGAGGCGGUUAUCAAAUUCAACAGGAUGAUAAAGGUCAUAAGAGGAAAGGUAGUAGUAGGAUGAAAAAGACAAGCCGGCCCAGAUUUGCUUUCCAAACCAGGAGUGAAGAUGACAUUUUGGACGAUGGUUACAGGUGGAGAAAGUAUGGUCAGAAAUCUGUUAAGAAUAGCAUAUAUCCAAGGAGCUACUACCGGUGCACGCAUCACACAUGCGAUGUGAAGAAACAGAUACAAAGGCUUUCCAAGGACACCAGCAUGCUGGUGACGACAUAUGAAGGCAUUCACAACCAUCCCUGUGAGAAGCUAAUGGAAACCCUGGCUCCUCUUCUCAAGCAAAUGCAGUUCCUCUCUAGGUUUUAAGUCUUUUAUGUUUGCAAUUACUAGGUUCAAACAGCACAUCAAAUAAUUGGACCUUCUCUUCUUCCCAUACACGUGUUACUUAUACUCUCCUUGUCCCAUUCUUAUUUGCCUGUAAAAU